AUGUGUGUGCUCGACUAUGGCACCGCCAAUCAAUGGACCCGACACGCUGCUCAGCGCAAACACCGCACCGAUAAUCGAGGUGAGGACUGGCUUCCUGCCCAGGAUAUCGGUGAGCUUCGAAACUAUUGGGAGGAAUGCCGUGUAGGUAAAGCCACAGCAACUGCCGGGGAAAAGUGUCAGUCGUCGUCGUUCCACCAUUCUUUUUGCGAGACCAAGGGCAACGAGGUAUCUCUUGUGUCCAUGAAUGUGGUAUUUCUCGGGAGGGAUCUCGGCCCCAGGAGUCAUUUCGUGAUGAGGGGAAGAAAGAUAAUAGAGAGGCAAAGGUCCAUAGAUCGUAACAAAGCGUCAGCUGAGGGUUUGGGGAUGAAGUCAAAUUUUGCCACCGCCGCCCCAUUGAUGCCACAAGUCCAUAUGUACUAA